AUGUUCUUCUUCUUCACAUGCGGAACACACACCUUCAGCUCGCCGCUCAAAGGCGCCGAAAACAUCACGGUGCAAUGCCAGAACUGCGGCAACUUCAGCGGCCGCGUCAUGAAGCGCUGGGAAUGGUUUACCUUUUGCUUCAUCCCCGUGAUCCCGUUUUCCGUCAAACCCUACAAGGAGGUUGGUUGCCACAUCUGCAACUUCUGGCAGGAUAUCAAGUAUAGGCCGGACGUGAUGAAUCAGAUGGGCAAUGGCAAUAGCGGUGGCGCUGUUAUCAUGGGUGGGAAUGGAUAUGGUGGCCAUGGUGGUCCCCCGCCGCCGCAUGGCCAGGGUCCCGUGCCGCAGGGCGUGCCGCAGUAUAAGUAG